AUGAAGACCGCCGCCUUCCUCUGCGCCGUCCUGGCCACCACCGCCAUUGCCCAGCCCCAUCAGCAUGGAAGCAAACGCCGCCAUGUCCACGGCAAGCACCAGAAGCGGGCCCUCGUCACCGAGUGGGUUACCGAGACCGCCUACGUGACCGAAUACGUUGAUUCAACCGCCACCGUUUGGGUUGAACCCGAGGUCUCUUCAACCAGCUCGGCGCUUCCUACCACUUCCGUUCCCGCCCAGUUCUUCGAGCCCGCCGACCAGCCGUCUUACACCACCUUGUCAACCUCCACCAAGCCUUCCGCGGCUGCUUCUCCCAUCAAGGAAUCCAUUCAGCAGCAGGCGCCCGCUCCCGUCCCCACCACCACCUCUACGCCCGUCCCUGCUCCCCAGACCCCGACUCCCGAGCCCGUUCCGACAUCAACCUCUGUCUACGUUGCUCCCCCGCCGGCUCCUACCACGUCCACUACUCCCGCGCCCGCGCCUCAACCUACUACCAGCCAGGCCGCUCCCGCGACCACUUCCGCUGCUUCUGGUGGUUCCGGCGGUGGUUCCGGCGGCAACACGCGCACUGGUGACCUGACUUACUACGCCGUUGGUCUUGGCGCCUGCGGUGAGGACGACAGCGGCAAGGACAACACCGAGAACAUUGUUGCCGUCUCUGUCUUGGUCAUGGGUGCUCUGUCCAACGGCAACCCGUACUGCGGAAAGAAGGUCCAGAUCACAUGCGACGGCAAGACCACCACAGCCACCGUCCGCGACAAGUGCAUGGGCUGCAAGGCGGACGAUAUUGACGUCAGCGAAAAGACCUUCCUCGACCUCUUCGGCGACCUCGGCGUUGGUCGCGGAACUGUCGAGUGGAAGUUCCUUGACUAA